AUUUUCAAGCAUUUUCUUGCAUCUUUGUUGAAUGAAAAAAUUCAAUUUUACAAAGAUCACUAGCAUCGUUUAUAACCAUGAUAUUAAAAUAUAGUAUAAGAGCUUGUUAUUUAUGAAUGUUAUAAAUAUUGUGUCCAUGACUUUUUUUUUUCUAUUUAAUUAGUCGGAAGUAAUGGAAUUCACAAGUGAAAAUGGAAACAACACUGAUGGAGUAAAAAGUAAAGCCCUCAGUACAACAAACCCUGAGGAUAUGACAAGUCGUGACUACUAUUUCGAUUCAUAUGCGCAUUUCGGCAUUCAUGAAGAGAUGUUAAAAGACGAAGUUCGCACGCUCAGCUAUCGAAAUGCUAUGUAUCAUAAUAAGCAUUUAUUCAAAGGAAAGGUUGUGCUUGACAUCGGUUGCGGAACUGGAAUUCUCAGUAUGUUUGCAGCAAAAGCCGGUGCAUCGAAAGUUAUUGCAAUUGAAUUCUCUAACAUCGCUGAUUAUGCUGUUAAAAUAAUCGAAGCUAAUAACCUCAGCCACAUCAUAACUCUUGUAAAAGGAAAAGUUGAGGAAGUGACCCUUCCAGAUGGAAUCACGAGCGUGGACAUUAUCAUUUCUGAAUGGAUGGGAUAUUGCUUGUUCUAUGAAUCAAUGUUGGACACGGUAUUAUAUGCUCGUGAUAAAUGGCUUGACAAAGAAAAUGGAAUGAUGUUCCCUGACCGGUGCACAUUGUUUGUGACUGCUAUUGAAGAUCGGCAGUACAAAGAUGAAAAAAUUAAUUGGUGGGAUGAAGUGUAUGGUUUUAACAUGUCACAUAUUAGAAAAGUUGCUAUUACCGAGCCUCUUGUGGAUGUUGUCGAUCCAAAACAAAUUGUGACUAACUCUUACAUGAUAAAAGACAUUGAUCUGUAUACUGUCAACAAAAAAGAUUUGGCAUUUUGCAGUCCUUUUCAUCUUACUGUAAAGCGCAAUGACUUUAUUCAGGCCUUGGUCACUUAUUUCAACGUAGAGUUUACAAAAUGCCACAAACGUUUGGGCUUUAGCACAUCGCCAGAAUCUCCAUACACUCACUGGAAACAAACAGUGUUUUACCUGGAUGACUAUAUGACAGCAAAAAAGGGAGAAGAAGUUUAUGGUUCAUUCAGUAUGCAGCCAAAUGAGAAAAAUAAUCGUGAUCUGGAUUUUGGCAUAAAAAUCUCUUUUAACGGAGAGCUGUCACAAAUGGCAGAGGACAACACUUAUCGUAUGCGUUAAAUGACAUAUUUAAGCGUAUGAUGAAGUUUUCGUUUAAUUAUUAAGAAUUUAAAAUGAGCUGUAUUGUGGAAGAGGUCCCAAUUAAUUUAAAAAUGUUCAUUUAAAUUAUCUUCUAAAUAAAUUAAAAACGAUUCUUAUUUAUAGUUUUUUAAUAAAAA